ACCUGCCGUUUACCAACCACUCUAUAGCAAAACCUCGAUAUAGAAUGACGGGUUCGGUGCUAAUAUCUGGAAUUGAGGAGGACAAUGUCCUCGUACUCGUGGACGAGAUGCUGAAUGCUGAAACAUCCGAGGAUUGUGCUAAGGUCGGUGAGAAAAUUGGUGACAUUUUCGUGAAAGACGAGCCUUUGGUUACGCUUCGUACUACUAGCAUUUUCCACGCGUUGGAGCGCGCUGCUCGUAACAAAAAAAAUGGUCUUCAUCGCGAGGCUGCCUUAAUUGGUUUUUCCAUGUUGAUCAAGAGACUGGGACGUCCUACUGAGGUUGAUUUUCUUCCCUACCUUAACCUCAUUUUGGACUCCUUUGCAGACAGAGGUCAGGUUGUUCGUGAGGCUGCUCAGCUUACCCUCGACUCGUUGCUGGACAUUUUGCCCUCUAUGGCUUUCAAAACGCGUUUAAUUCCCGCCUUGAUGGAGUAUCUCGACAGCCAGGCUCCUAAGUGGCCCAGCAAGGUGGCUGCUUUGCGUUGCUUGGGAAGUUUGGCCAAACGUCUGCCAGCAAUUGUCACUUCUUCGUUGGCUAGUCUUAUUCCCUGCAUUCGUGAGCGUAUGCAUGAAACAAAAAGUGAAGUCUCUCAGGCUGCCAUCAAAUGCAUGCUCGACCUUUGUACCGUUGUCGAGAACCACGACAUUGUUCCUCACAUCCCUAAGUUGGUCAACUGUAUGGCUCGGCCAGAAACUCUGGAAGAGUGUGUGAAGGCUCUGAGUGCAACUACCUUCGUUGCUACUGUCGAGUCUGUUGCCUUGGCCGUCUUGGUUCCUAUCCUGAGACGUGCUCUGGCUCAGCGUUCGCAAUCUAUGCUCCGUUCCGCCGUUAUUAUUACCGACAACCUGUGCAAAUUGGUUCCCGAUCCCGAGGAGGCUGCUGACUUUUUGCCAGAGCUCAUUCCCGAUAUUGAGCGUAUUGCACAGACCGCCGCUAUGCCUGAGGUCCGUAGCUUGGCUAUGCACGCUUUGAUGACACUUAAUAAGGCUGCUGCCGCUCGUGCUGCCAAGGCCAGCGACACUACCGAGGCCACUUCUGUCAAGGGCAUUCGUGAGUCUUUGGCCUCUACCAUUAAGAGUUCCUCCACUGUUCCCGAAGAUAUUACCACUGAUGUCAUUGCCUACGUUUGUGACAAUGCUGAGCAGCUAUACUAUACCAAGAACUUUGAGGAGAAGACUUGGGUUGAGGAAUACACUGUCCCUUACCUUACUCCCUUGCUGGGCGCCGAAAAGGCUUCUGAGGUUGGCAAGGAAUUUUUCACAAAGUUCUCCGAGUUGUACGAAAAGUUGCACCAAGUGGUUGAGGAGGAGCCUGAAGAGAAGGAUGAGUUGCUUGUUAACACCGAGUUUUCUCUUGCCUACGGUGGACGUUUGCUUUUGAGCCAUACCCUUCUUAAGCUUUACCGUGGUCACCGUUACGGUAUUGUUGGACACAAUGGUUGUGGUAAGUCUACUCUUCUUCGCUCCAUUGCCGAUUACAAGGUCGAGAACUUCCCUGCACCUGAACAGGUCAAGACCUGUUUUGUCGCUCACAGUCUGCAAGGUGAAGACACAAGCUCGUCUAUCUUGGACUUCGUGUGCAAUGAUAAGGCUCUGAUUGCUAUUGGCGUCACUCGUGAUGAUGUCGCCGGUGCUCUUCGCACUGUCGGCUUUUCCGAAGAAAAGCAGAUGGAUCCCGUCAGUUCGCUGUCUGGUGGUUGGAAAAUGAAACUUGAGUUGGCUCGUGCUAUGCUUCAAAAGGCCGAUAUUCUGCUGUUGGAUGAGCCUACUAACCAUUUGGAUGUUGCUAAUAUUGCUUGGUUGGAAGCCUACUUGAACUCACAAACGAACAUCACAUGUCUCAUUGUCUCUCACGACUCCUCGUUCUUGGACAACGUUUGUACUGAUAUUGUUCACUACGAGGGUGUGAAGAAUGCCCCCAAGAAACUUGAGUACUACAAGGGUAACUUGUCCAAGUUUGUUGAACGCAAGCCUGAGGCUAAAUCCUAUUACACUCUUACUGCCACAAACGAGAAGUUCACUUUCCCCCCUCCUGGUAUCUUGACGGGUGUCCGCUCGAACACACGUGUCAUUCUUAAGAUGACUAAUGCUUCCUAUCAAUAUCCCGGUGCCAAGAAGAAGUCCCUCGACAAUGUUACCGUUGGUCUUACUCUUUCCUCCCGUGUUGCCAUUCUGGGUCCUAACGGUGCUGGUAAGUCAACCCUGAUUAAGGUACUUAUUGGUGAAGUUAUUCCUCAAUCGGGUAAGGUCACUAAGCACCCUAACCUUCGUGUCGGUUAUGUUGCUCAACAUGCUUUCCAUCAUUUGGAUCAGCAUUUGGAGAAGACACCCAGUCAGUACAUCCAAUGGCGUUAUCGCGGUGGUCAAGAUCGUGAGGUUUUAGAGAAGGAGUCUCGUAAACUGACUGAUGAAGACCGUGCCCAAUUGGAGCGUGAAAUUAUUGUUGAUGGUGAGCGCCGUCGUGUGGAGUUGUUGAUCGGUCGUCAAAAGCUUAAGAAGUCCUUCCAGUACGAGAUUAAGUGGCAGGGCAAGCCUCACAAGUACAACACUUGGGUUUCUCGUGAGUUGCUGCUUAAGCACGGUUUCCAGAAGUUUGUGCAAGCUUACGAUGAUAUGGAGUCUUCCCGUGAGGGUCUGGGUUUCCGUGAGCUUGUGCCUGAAGAUAUUCGCAAGCACUUCGAAGAAGUUGGUCUUCCCGGAGAUAUUGCUGACUACAACCCUAUUAGCAGUUUGUCUGGUGGUCAAAAGGUCAAGGUUGUCCUCGCUGCUUGUUUGUGGAACAACCCUCAAUUGCUUGUGCUGGAUGAGCCUACUAACUUCUUGGAUCGUGAUGCUCUGGGAGGUUUGGCCGUUGCUAUUCGCGAUUGGGCAGGUGGUGUCGUUAUGAUUUCUCACAACGCUGAGUUCGUAUCUGCCCUUUGUCCUGAGCAAUGGCACGUUGAGAGUGGUCGUGUUACUCACAAGGGUAAGACUACUGUUGACGUGGACAAGUUCGAGGACUUGAGUGAGAAGGAGCUUCAAAAGAUUAAGACGAAGACUGCCAAGAAGAAGAAGCUUACGCGUAACGAAAUUAAGGCCAAGGAGCGCCGUGCUCGUGAGCGUGAAUUGGCUUGGUUGAACUCCCCUAAGGGAACCCCCAAACCCUCGACCUUCUACUCUGAGGAUGAGGAGGAGUAAAGGGAUUGUGAAAGUGUGUUCACUGAUGUGUGCAUGCAUGUUCAAAGGAAAUAAGUUUCCGUAUCGCACUUCUUUCUCUUUUUCCUCCCUCGUUAGUUGAAUUCCCUACUCGUUAUAUUUGUCCCUUCCUUUUACCUUGCUUCUCCCCACUCGGUAUCAUAUUUAGCACUUGGAUUGUUUGUUGGAAGUGGUUUGCGGUUUCUAAUUCUUCGGUAAUUUGUUUGCUUUCUCUUUUAAUGUUGUUUCUGGCUUGCUGAUGAUGGCAAGAACAGAGGGAGGAAUGGGUGGAAUACCUUUUCGUUUUUGUCUUUGGUUACUGAUCGUCGGCACUUGCAUAGAGUGGACCUGACCUUAUAGAAUUAAUAGAUGGUUUUCUGUGAGUUUAUAUACUUAAUCAUGGCAUGGGCGUUUGGUUGUG